AUGCCAUUGAAUGGACGAGAUCGAGAGUCGAGUCCAUCGUCACGAACUCGUUGCGAGAUACGCAGUGUGUUGGUGAAGCAUUGGCGAGCCAUCGAACGUGCUCGCCUUCAUACAUUCCACUUAUGGCUACUUCUCUUCUCAAUCACGCAAAUCGCCGUCAUCAAUUAUUUAUUACCAAAGAUCCUGCAAGUAUGGUUAAGGCAGGAGGAAUUCCUCGGCGCCGAUUUUCCGUCUGACAAUUACCAGCUAACCACUGUCAAAGUCUUACGGCAAUGGUCAAUCGCGUGUUUCAUAAUAGCGCUAUGCUUUGUCCUUUAUACCAUUAUUAGCUCAAUUGCAAUACGAUAUGGCGAAGAGAGUGGCAAAUGUAAUGUUGUGAUUUUUUCACUUAUACCGUCGUUACUGUUUCCGGUUUUUAUAUGGACAAUUCACUUACCUGGCUUAUUGCAGGCUGUCAGCGAGGGUAGAACACCCGGAUUGGCCGCGUUAAGCAGUGGUCUUUGUAUAACAACACUCUUUCAGUUCUUCAUAUUGCCACGUCAAAGACGUUUAUUUUUGAUAAUAUCGUUAAUAUGGAAUGCGAUGAAUUUGGUUGUGGCUACAUUUGUGGCCUAUAGUGUCAUAUCGACAAAUCUUUUGUAUAUAUACGAGUUGCUAGCAUUGUUCAUCGACCAAGCGCUGCUGUCGGUGAUCGGUAUGAUUGCCGAUGCGAGUGAGGCCGGUAAUCGCUCGGAGAUUGCGAUGCGAUUAAGCGAGGCAGUUCAACGUCGCACUCAACUUGAAACGUUGAAGGAUCGACAAGACCAGUUGCUACUCUCUGUGAUACCUGCAUAUCUCACCGAUAAGGUUAUUGUCUGA